UUUCGGCUUCCUCCUCCGAGGCAGCACACCUUCCUCCAUUCCUGGCAGAAAGGGCACCAGGGAGGCAGCGUCAGGCUGGCAACCUGGGGGCCCCAGGUCUGCGGCGGCUCAGGAACCCAUUGGAAACAUCUAGCUAGACACCAGUGGCUGAGCCUCCUGGGGGCGUGUUCCCUUGGAUGCACGGAGCUUUCAGAGGUGCUUCCUACGUGGUUGGAGCUUUGUGUCCAUUCGAGAGGGAGUACUGAUCUGACGAACAACAGAGCUGACCCAUGGCUGAACCCCAACAGGACAGGAAGGAGGAGCCGGCAGAUGAAUGUAAACAAGGCUCCAAUCCACAGAUGCCAGCUGACCCCGGGGAUGCCAAACCUGAGGACACCCGUGUAGGUGGUCUAGAGCUGGUGCUUAAAGUCAGAAUUAAGAGUCCCAGAGAAAAUGACUUCAUUGAGGUUGAACUGAACAGAGGAGAGCUGAGUUAUCAGAAUCUCCUGAAAGUCAGUUGCUGCGAACUGAUUGAGCCGGAGCAAGUGAGGGCGAUCAGAAAGCUGCCAAACACACUGCUCAGAAAGGACAAAGACAUUCAAAGACUACGGGACUUUCAGGAAGUAGAACUCAUCUUGGUGAAACACAGCAGCUCUGAAUUCGUCGAACACACAACAUCCCUGACGGAGGCGGCCUGCUACAACAGCAAUUCCACCAAACUGACCUAUUAGAAAACCCCAGAAAUGAACCCCCCGGUAUCAAUGUUUUAUAAAUAACCAAGUCGGAAUGCAUGUACCGGUUUGCCAACUUCAUGUGCGUACUUUGCAAAAUCGUUCCCUCCUCUCAAACUUCUCUGGGCAGGGAGAAAUUGUCACAUCGUUUCCUUUUUACACUUUGAAACUUGCCUAUAAAGUGGCAUGACUUGUGUUACUGUUGAGGCCAUUUUUAACAAACUACUUGCCGAAUAGCCAAGGCACAGCCCACAGCACUCAACUCUGCUAAUCAGAUGGAAACAACGAAGUUGGCACUCUUACCAACAACUAGCUCAAAGCUAGACUCCUCCUAUCCCACUACCAAGAGCUCUUCUGGGUCAACUCACCCAAACUCUUAGGUAAGAUCUGCUGGUACUCUGGAAGCAGUCUGGGGGCUGGAUCCCAUUUACCCACUUAACCCUGUCCACGGUCACUUCUCUUCACAGCCAUUACUCCUGGACUUGAAUUCAUGGAACUGAGCUCUGAAAUACCGGAGCUCCUUCUGGCCAAGCAGGAUCUUGUCUCCCCCAGCACAUAAUAGGACCACCGCAGGCUGCCUCUGCAAAUGCUCAGCACCUCAGCUUUGAUGAGGGGUGGGGGGACACGCAAACACUACACUAACACUUACCUAGCCCAACUGUCCAAAGAGCAAGGUUUUAAAUAGUGUGGGUACAGAUGUACGGAUCAUCCCACUCAAAAAUGUGAAGGGUGUGUGGGUGGCUCAGUCGACUGAACGUCUGACUCUUGGUUUCAGCUCAGGUCAUCUCAGGGUCAAGGUGGAGGCCUGCGUCUGCUUGUCCUUCUCCCUCUGCUCCCUGCCCUGGCCCCCACCGGCCUCUGGCACAUGCUCUCAAAUAUAUAAAUAAAAUCUUUAAAUUAAAAAGAAAAAUGUGAUGAGUACAUGAGACUUGAACCUGUAAUUUGCUUAGUAGCCCUGGGCCUCUUCGGAUGGAAGCACUUCUGCUGGAAAUGUAAGCUCCGCAUCCACGUCACAGUUCUUUGAGAGACAGGACAGCCCGCUGACAAGCCAAUUCAACGCAGUGCCGUUCCAGCGCCACAAGGGCCAAUUCCCUAAGGUAUUCUCAAUUUUGUUUUGAAUAAGGAAAACUUGGGGCAAGAGCUGAGGACCGGCUAUUAAUGGCCCCGAAUCACCCUUGUGAGGAAGUGGAGUUUUAGUUGGUAUUUUUAGGUGAAUAUGGUAGAAUAAAUUUGAAAAAAAAUGUUGGGAGGAAACCCUACACUAUGACAGUAACAGAACCUAUAGUGUUGCCUCAUGAUCAGUUACAGUAAUUGAAUGAGGGCAGCAAUAUAUCACCAGGCUGUUGAGCAAAUUCUGUAUCUGUUCAAAUAAACUUAGUACGCACCUUCGAAGAAAUCAUAAAAACGUAUUUCCUAUAACAUGAAUAGUCUUAAGGCUGAAGAUGAAGAGUAAAAAUUGAAG